AUGACUGACGCAAUUUAUCUGCAGGCAGAAUUAUCUGGUCUCGUUGGGAGCAGUCCAACUGAGGCGGUAGCUCCAGUUGCGCCACCACCUCCUGCUCCCUCUGUUGCUAAAUCGGACAAUUCUAUGUUGACGAGACUGAAUGGAUUACUUGCUGUUUACCAGAAAAUGCUAGACGCGAGCGCCAAAGAAGGGAACUCUGCCAAGCAGAGAAGGCACCAGCGAUGCGUGGAUAAAUUGAGAGAGCUUAUCUCCAAAGCUGAACGCGGUCUGGUAAUUGAUGAAGCAGAGAUACCUCCUGCUCCUCCAUCAUUCGCUCAGGCUGCUCCUGCUGCUCCUGCCCAGCCUCCUCCCUCAGCUCCUUCGCUGCAGCCACCUCCAGUGCCAAAGCGCACCUCAUCUGCAUCAGAUGUCCCUUCAGGAUCAGGAAUACAGCCGCCACCACCAAUUCCUAAACGGGAGUCAUCUUCAUCUGUUCCACCUACACAUACGGUCAGAAGGGCUACUGCGGAUGAGAAAAAGCAGAAGAUUUUGACAGUGUUGAAAAGGCGAAGAAAUGAAUAUGUGGCAAACGGAAAGGCUGCUGUUGCUGCGAUGGACAAACCAGCAGCCAAACAUUAUGUGGAAACCGCUAAACUGUUUGACCAGGCGUUAGCUGCUCUCGAUACUGCCGACCCCGACGAGCUUGACAUGUCCGAAAUUCCGCCGUCUCCACCUCCAUAUCGAAAGGAGGCUUCUGUAUCUGCUGCUGUGACACAACCCAAACCAACCUCAUUCUUGGGCGCAUUGCAAAGUCGUAUGCAACGUUUUCAAGAACUUGCACAGAGAGCAAAACAAGAGGGAAACGAUAGGAAGGCUAGGAUGAAUAUGAGAAUGGUUGAACAGUAUGCAGCGGCAAUUCGUGAUGCUAAAGCUGGACGACCAGUCGCCGUGGCUGAACUUCCACAUACGCCUGAUAUGCCACCUCUGCCACCUCAAAGGCCCGCAAUGGCUCCAUCAGGGCCUGCUCCUGGAAUGCGUCCUCCGCCCGCUGUUGGACCUUUGGCCCCGACUGGUCAGCCAGGAAAAUCGAGGAAUUCUACUCAGCUAGAAUUCCUCAUACAACGGCAAAGCGAGUUUAGGCAUGCUGCAAUGCAAGCAAAAGCUAAGGGCAAUAUGGAGUUGGCGAAGAAGUAUCUGCUGGAAUCCAAGGGCUUUGACAAAAUGAUUGCUGCUGCCAGAGCAGGUCUGCCAGUUUCAAUAAGAUCUACCCCAAUCCCUCCACAGGAAACGACGUCACAGGCAACCCUUCAACCGAGAAUUGUGUCAGCAGGAUCAAGCAGCACAACGGGAAUUGAAGGACGAGGAGAAGCUCUUGCGUUGAUGGAGAAAGCCUUAAUCGAACAAGUGCAAUUGGCUGAAAAUAGCCGCAUGCGUUUCACGAGGUUAGGAGAUGUCGGAAAGGUGAAACUUUUCGAAGAUUGGGCUAGAUCAGCAAAACAGGAUCUGCUACUCGUUCGUGAAGUAGCAAAGCAAGGACUGAGACUGCCACAGUAUGACUUGUUUGAAUAUUUGCUUUCGUCGUUCGCA